UCGAAUAACAGUCAAGAGGUGUUUCCUGAAGGUUUUGGAGGCUGGCUGUUUGACACUGACAGAAGAUUUACACAUGAACUGACAAGCUGACAUCACAUUGAUCUUCAGCUCUCUUGGCACCUACAGUGAAUGGGUUAGAUCAAACUGUCUGUCUGCUGUUGCUGAAGGAAUAUUGAUAUUCAUACAAUUGAUACUAGGGUAAAUGGAUGUUUAGAAGCAUUACAAGGAAAGUGUUUGUAACUUCUGCUGCUAACAUUACCUUGUGUGAAAGAAGCGCCCUUGAAGAAACACCCUAGAAGAUCUUCCAGUCCUCUUUUACUUUGACAGGGCAAAAACAUUUUACCAGGAAAAAAGUUGAAAACACAGUGUCAGCCAUGAUAAUAACCAACACCACAAACACUGGACUUCCUGAGGACUUUAGAAUUUCUCUUUUCAUCUUACACACAUUCAUUUUUCUUUCUGGGACUUAUAAUGUUUUACUAAUGUCCUCUAUGUUAAAGUCCAAAAGACGUCUCUCUUUCACCAAAGUAUCUGUGAUAAACCUAGUAGCAGUGCACUCCAUUUUCCUGCUCACGGUCCCCUUUCGCAUUUACUAUUGUGUUUUUGAAACCUGGAAUCUGGGCAUGUAUUUCUGCAAAAUUGUCAGUAUUAUGAUCUAUGCCCACAUGUAUAUUGCCUUCAUCUUUUAUGUAUUUCUUCUUAUCCUGCGUUAUGUGGAUCACUCUGAUCAGCAGCACAGGCUAGAGUUUCGUCGCAUCCUUCACGCCACGAUUGCAAGUGCAGCCGUCUGGUUGGUCAUAUUCGGAGCUUUGUUCCCAACUAUGGCUAACUACGGAAUCGCGCAGAAUAAUUCUACUCAGUGCUUUCAUUUCGGUCAGGCUCUCCAGAAGCCUGCUGUUAAGAGGUUAAACUAUGUUAUUUGCAUACUAGUGAUUAUGAUUUGGAGUGUUCUGGCACUUUUUUUUCUGCUAUUAAAUAAGCAAUUUGAGGCCACAUUUCAACGUCAAGAGUUACAGGCACAAUUGAAAAACAUUGUUUUCCUGUCCUUUAUGUUUUUUUGUUUUGUGCCCUAUCAAGGAUUCAGAGUGUAUUAUGUGAGUGAAUAUGGUAAUACUCAAGUAAUGGAUCAUAUAAAUGAAGUAUUUCUUGCAGUCACUGCUUUCAGCUGCUUUGAUAUGAUUGUUUUUGAAUAUGCAGAAUUAUAAAUUCAAGGGGGUGGUUUUGCUAUUUAUAACAACUAUGUUGACUUUGUUUGGUUUCUACACUGUUAUUGAUAUAGUGAAUUGAUUUCCAUUUUUCUUUUGUUUAAUUUGAUGCUUUUGUGCCUUACAAGCUUGAAACAAUUGUCUUGCAUGACAGAAUGUUUGGAAAAUAAAACACAGACACACACAGGAUAUGUAUUAGUUUUAUAUCAAUUUUCUUUUCCUUUGUACUUGUGAAGAACUAUUUAAAAAAAACAACAAUCUGGAAUAAAACU